AUGUGGAUAACUGUCCCUAUGUGGACAAUUUUCCCGUAUGUGGUCAAUUCUCCCUAUAGGCUCAGUUCUCCCUAUAUGGACAAUUCUCCCUAUAUGGACAAUUCCCCAUACGGGAAAAAAUGUCCACAUAGGGGGAAUUGCCCACAUAGAGGAAAUUGUCCACAUAGGCAGAAUUGGCCAUAUAGAGGGGAUUCCCCUUAUGUCUACAAUUCCGUCUAUACGGACAAUUCUCCCUAUGUGGACAAUUCUCCCUAUGUGGACAAUUCUCCCUAUGAGGACAAUUCUCCCUAUGUGGGCAAUUCCCCCUAUGUGGACAAUUCUCCCUAUGUGGACAAUUCUCCCUAUGUGGACAAUUCUCCCUAUGUGGACAAUUCUCCCUACGAGGACAAUUCUCCCUACGUGGACAAUUCUCCCUAUGAGGACAAUUCUCCCUAUGUGGACAAUUCUCCCUAUGUGGACAAUUCUCCCUAUGAGGACAAUUCUCCCUAUGUGGACAAUUCUCCCUAUGUGGACAAUUCUCCCUAUGUGGACAAUUCCCCCUAUGUGGACAAUUCUCCCUGUGUGGACAAUUCUCCCUGUGUGGACAAUUCUCCCUAUGUGAACAAUUCCGUCUAUAUGGACAAUUCUCCACAUAUGGACAAUUCUCCAUAUAUGGACAAUUCUCCCUAUAUAGACAAUUCUCCCUAUGUGGACAAUUCCCCCUAUGUGGACAAUUCUCCCUAUGUGGCCAAUUCCCCCUAUGUGGACAAUUCUCCCUAUGUGGCCAAUUCUCCCUAUGUGGCCAAUUCCCCCUAUGUGGACAAUUCUCCCUAUGUGGACAAUUCUCCCUAUGUGGAAAAUUCUCCCUAUAUAGACAAUUCUCCCUAUGUGGACAAUUCCCUCUAUAUGGACAAUUCUCCCCAUACUGACAAUUCUCCCUAUGUGGACAAUUCUCCCUAUGUGGACAAUUCUCCCUCUGAGGACAAUUCUCCCUAUGUGGACAAUUCUCCCUAUGUGGACAAUUCUCCCUACGAGGACAAUUCUCCCUACGUGGACAAUUCUCCCUAUGAGGACAAUUCUCCCUAUGUGGACAAUUCUCCCUAUGUGGACGAUUCUCCCUAUGUGGACAAUUCUACCUAUGAGGACAAUUCUCCCUAUGAGGACAAUUCUCCCUAUGAGGACAAUUCUCCCUAUGUGGACAAUUCUCCCUAUGUGGACAAUUCUCCCUACGAGGACAAUUCUCCCUACGUGGACAAUUCUCCCUAUGAGGACAAUUCUCCCUAUGUGGACAAUUCUCCCUAUGUGGACAAUUCUACCUAUGACAAUUCUCCCUAUGUGGACAAUUCCCCCUAUGUGGACAAUUCUCCCUAUGUGGGCAAUUCCCCCUAUGUGGACAAUUCUCCCUAUGUGGACAAUUCUCCCUAUGUGGCCAAUUCCCCCUAUGUGGACAAUUCUCCCUAUGUGGACAAUUCUCCCUAUGAGGACAAUUCCGUCUAUAUGGACAAUUAUCCCGAUAUGGGCAAUUUCCCCUACACGGGCAAUUCCUUCUAUAUAAACAAUUCUCUCUAUAUGAACAAAUUUCUGUAUAUGGACAAUUUUCCCUCUAUAUGGACAAUUCUCCCCAUACUGACAAUUCCGUUUAUAUGGACUAUUUUCCCAAAAUGGACGAUUCCCCCUGUAUGA